CUGCCAACAGCUGAGGUCUUACAAAGGGUUGAUGUUUGGUCCUGUUUAGUGCUUCAGCCAUGGGGCUGGGUUGUGGGGUGCUGGUGGGGUCGCUAAUCUUGGUGAUGUGGGGGGGUUGCCUUGGGCAAGGUGACUUCUGGAGAGCUGGCUCCACAGCCUUGCAGUAUCAGUAUAACUGUGGAGAGCAUGGCAUGCAGCUGCUUGUGUUUCCUCGCCAGAACCGGGAUGUCCGCUUUAAAGUUGUGGAUGAAUUUGGGACAACCUUUGAAGUUUCAAAUUGCUCCAUUUGCCGUCACUGGAUCACAUCAAACAAUGGAUCGGUUACUUUCUCCGCUGGUUAUAACGGCUGCCAUGUGGUAAAGAAGGAUGGCAGGAACCACUUAAAGGUCCGUCUGGAGGAACUAACAAGAAACAGAGUAGCUGCUGCCCAUGACAUCAACUUGACGUGUCCCAAGCUACAAGAAUAUGUACCAGAGAUCAACAUGCGCCUUGGGCCUCUACCCCAGCCUGAGCCUGGCCAAGUACACCCCAAUCCCCAACCUGAUCUAACAAACCUAGAAUCUCAGGCUCGGCCUGUGCCCAAUAUAAUGAACACACCACCUCAGCAACGGCCCUUGCCUGGCCUAGUGCACCCAGAGGGUCAAAUCCAUCCUGUGCCUGGCAUAGUGUACCCAGAAGUUCAGCCGAGGCCUGGCCUGGUGCAACCAGAUGUUCAGUCUCAGCCCAGACCUGGCCUAGUGCACCCAGAAUUUCACCCGCAACCUGUUCCUGGCUUAGUGCACUCACAAAUUGAGCCUCAGCCAAGACCUGGCCUAAUACACCCAGAAGUUGUGCCACAGCCUGGCUUAGUGCGCCCAGAGGUUCAGCCUCAACCCAGACCGGGCCUAGUGCACCCAGAGGUUCAGCCUCAGCCCAGGCCUGGUUUAAUACACCCAGAAGUUCGGCCUCAGCCCAGACCAGGCCUAGGGCAACCGGCGGUUCGGCCUCAGCCCAGGCCUGGUCUAGUGCACCCAGAAGUUCAACAGCUAAGACCUGGCCUAGUGCACCCAGAAGUUCAGCCACAACCCGUUCCAGGCCUGGUGCACCCAGAAGUUCAGCCUCAACCCAGGCCCGGUUUCGUGUACCCAGAAGUUCAGCCCCAGCCUAGACCUGGCCUAGUGCCCCCAGAAGUUCAGCCCCAACCUAGGCCUGGCCUGAGACGCCCACAAGUUCAGCCCCAGCCUGGCUUAGUGCACUCACAAGUUCAGCCCCAGCCCAGGCCUGGUUUAGUGCGCCCAGAUGUUCACCUGCAACCUGUUCCUGGCUUAGUGCAACCACAAAUUCAGCCUCAACCAAGACCUGGUCUAGUACGCCCAGAAGUUCAGCCUCAGCCUGGCUUAGUGCGCCCAGAGGUUCAGUCCCAGCCCAGACCUGGCCUAGUGCGCCCAGAGGUUCAGACUGAGUCCAGACCAGGCCUAGUGCACCCACAAGUUCAGCCCCAGCCUGGCUUAGUGCACCCACAAGUUCAGCCCCAGCCCAGGCCUGGUUUAGUGCGCCCAGAUGUUCACCUGCAACCUGUUCCUGGCUUAGUGCAACCACAAAUUCAGCCUCAACCAAGACCUGGUCUAGUACGCCCAGAAGUUCAGCCUCAGCCUGGCUUAGUGCGCCCAGAGGUUCAGUCCCAGCCCAGACCUGGCCUAGUGCACCCAGAGGUUCAGCCUGAGUCCAGACCAGGCCUAGUGCACCCACAAGUUCAGCCCCAGCCUGGCUUAGUGCACCCACAAGUUCAGCCCCAGCCCAGGCCUGGUUUAGUGCGCCCAGAUGUUCACCUGCAACCUGUUCCUGGCUUAGUGCAACCACAAAUUCAGCCUCAACCAAGACCUGGUCUAGUACGCCCAGAAGUUCAGCCUCAGCCUGGCUUAGUGCGCCCAGAGGUUCAGCCUGAGUCCAGACCAGGCUUAGUGCGCCCGGAAGUUCGGCCUCAGCCCAGACCUGAUCUAGUGCACCCGGAGGUUCGGCCUCAACCCAGACCUGGUCUAGUGCACCCGGAGGUUCGGCCUCAACCCAGGCCUGGUCUAGUGCACCCGGAGGUUCAGCCUCAACCCAGACCUGGCCUAGUGAGCCCAGAAGUUCAGCCACAACCCGUGCCGGGCCUAGUACGCCCAGAGGUUCAGCCUCAGCCCAGGCCUGGUCUAUUGUACCCAGAAGUUCAGCCUCAGCCCAGGCCUGGCUUAGUGCAUGCAGAACUUCACCCACAACCCGUGCCUGGCCUAGUACGCCCACAAGUUCAGCCUCAGCCGAGACCUGGCCUAGUACGCCCACAAGUUCAGCCUCAGCCUGGCUUAGUGUGGCCAGAAAUUCAGCCACAACCUGUGCCUAGCUUAGUGCGUCCUCAAGUUCAGCCUCAGCCAAGACCUGGCCUAGUUCGCCCAGAUGUUCAGCCUGGCUUAGUGCGCCCACAAGUUCAGCCUCAGCCUGGCUUAGUGCAUGCAGAACUUCACCCGCAACCCGUGCCUGGCCUAGUGCGCCCGCAAGUUCAGCCUCAGCCGAGACCUGGCCUUGUACACCCACAAGUUCAGCCUCAGCCUGGCUUAGUGUGGCCAGAAAUUCAGCCACAACCUGUGCCUGGCUUAGUGCGUCCUCAAGUUCAGCCUCAGCCAAGCCCUGGCCUAGUUCGCCCAGAUGUUCAGCCUGGCUUAGUGCAUACAGAACUAGGCCCGCAACCUGUGCCUGGCCUAGUGCGCCCGCAAGUUCAGCCUCAGCCAAGACCUGGCCUAGGACUUCCAGAAGUUCAGCCUGGCUUGGUGUGGCCAGAAAUUCAGCCACAACCUGUGCCUGGCCUAAUGCACCCUCAAGUUCAGCCUCAGCCAAGACCUGGUCUAGUUCACCCAGAUGUUCAGCCUGGCUUUCUGCGGCCAGAAGUUCAGCCUCAGUCAAGACCUAGCCAAGUUCGCCCAGCAGUUCAGCCUCAGCCUGGUUUAGUACGCCCAGAGGCUCGGCCCCAGCCCUGGCCCAUGCCUGACCAAGUGCACCCAGAUGUUCAGACUGGUAUGCUGUCUGUACAUAGUAUAGGUUCCUCACUAACCCUGGAGCAAUGCAAAGUUUCUUCUGGAAGGAUUCCCUGUGCAGAUGCUCAGGGACCAGCAGCUUGCUACCAGACUGGAUGCUGUUAUGAUGGCCAGGAUCGAACAACGCCAUGUUAUUAUGGGAACACAGUCACUGUUCAAUGUCUUCGAAAUGGCCACUUCAUCUUGGUUGUCUCCAGGGACAUGUUGGACUACCCCAUCAUCCUGGACAGUGUCAGGCUCUCCUAUGCCCAAGCUGGAUGUGACCCUGUCAGGAAAACAGAGUCCUUCCUGGUCUUCCGCUUCCCCCUCACACAGUGUGGCACAACCAUUCAGGUGGCUGGUGGUAGACUGAUAUAUGAAAACCAGCUGGUUUCUGGCAUUGACAUUUUAAGCGGACCAGAUGGUUCUAUCACACGAGACAGCACUUUCAUCCUCAAUGCUCGCUGUAUCUACAAUGCCACUGACUUCCUGCCUGUCCAGGUUGAAGUCUUCCCACUUCCCUCUCCAGCCCCAGUUUUGCAGGUGGGACCCCUCCGACUGGAGUUGCGCAUUGCUACAGACUCGAGUUACACAUUCUACUAUUCGGACACAGACUACCCUGUCCUGAAAGUGCUGAGGGAGCCUGUGCAUGUGGAGGUCCGCCUCCUGCAGAGGAUGGACCCAUCCCUUGUCCUGGUUCUGCAUGAGUGCUGGGCUACCCCCAGCACUAAUCCCCUGGAGCAGCUGCAGUGGCCAAUCCUGGUGGAUGGGUGCCCAUUUGAAGGAGACAAUUACAAAACCCAGCUGGUGCCCAUGGGGCCUGCCACAUCCGCCCUGCCCUUUCCAACCCACUACCAGCGCUUCAUCAUUUCCACGUUCACAUUUGUAGAUUCUUCCUCCUAUUUGGUGCUUGAUGGAUUGGUGUAUCUCUUUUGCAGUGUGUCUGUCUGCCACCCCUCACGGCUAGAACCUUGCAGGGUCCCAUGCCAAAUGCCAGUGGCUUCAAGACACCGUCGGUUUUUGGAGAUGAGCAAUGGGACUGAAUCCUUGGACUUAGUAAGCACUUACGGAGCUGUGAUCUUUCAAGAGAGCAACCACUCUUAUGAACCAGAAGUCAAACAGGACAAAAGCACAAUCUCAAGUGAAGGCUUGACCUGGACACUUUUGGUGGCAUUACCCUUGGUGGGUAUUAUCUUAUUUGUUACUGCAUUGGUGCUCUGGAAGAAGAAAAGCAGGGCAACAAAGUUAUAAUACUGUUGGAAGAAAAUGGAAAAAUAAAGUAACAAAAUGAAA